AAAAAGGCCCGCUGCAAUAUAUAUAUAUAUAUAUAUAUUAAAAAAAUCAUACGUGAAGAAUCUGCGUUUGGGAAACGGCAGCUUGUGCGUCGUGCGAGAGCGGAAAGCUGCGCCUCGCUUUUCCCGGCGCUGGGGAGAAAAACCGGAAUUCAGCGUUUUUGGCUCCUUUGGACUAAUCCUAGGAUGGGAAAAAGAGGUGAACGUGUGCAGGCUGUUUCUUCUCCCCCACGACAUACGUUUAUUAUUUCUUAAUCACAUAUCUAGCACAUCCUUCACAGCCUAAGUUCCUAACAUCGGCUUUUGGUCCCCCCCAAAUGACUUCCAAGCAAACCCUUCUCUGGCUUAGUUCCUUGACCCUGGCAAGAGCAUCUGGCUAGGGCGAUCGAUGAAAUGCUUCAUGCUUUAAAGCGUUCUCUUGUGCAACUUAGCUGAUUGCUGUUUGGGCCGCUCAUUUCAAAGUCAACGCAGAAAGGAAGAUCAACUUACUAUGGCUAUUCCCAUAGCAGUUAUUGAUUGUGAUCUCUUACUAUAUGGACGUGGACAUAGGACACUGGAUCGCUUCAAGCUGGAGGAUGUUACUGAUGAAUUUCUUGUAUCUAUGUACGGAUUUCCACGUCAGUUCAUUUAUCAUUUGGUGGAUCUUCUAGGUGCCAAUCUUUCUCGUCCUACUCAACGAUCCAGGGCCAUCAGUCCAGAGACACAGAUUCUUGCUGCAUUAGGAUUUUAUACUUCUGGCUCAUUUCAGACUCGCAUGGGAGAUGCCAUUGGCAUUAGCCAAGCAUCUAUGAGUCGUUGUGUUGCCAAUGUUACCGAUGCCUUGGUGGAAAGAGCCUCUCAGUUUAUUCAUCUCCCAGAGGAUGAAGUGUCAAUACAACAUAUGAAAGACGAUUUUUAUGGGCUGGCAGGUAUGCCAGGGGUACUAGGAUUGGUUGAUUGCAAUCAUGUAGCAAUAAAAGCACCCAAUGCUGAGGAUUUAUCGUAUGUGAAUCGAAAGGGCCUUCAUUCUUUAAAUUGUCUGAUGGUGUGUAAUGCCAGGGGAAGGCUGCUAAGUGCGGAAACACACUGGCCAGGAAGCCUGCAGGACUGCACAGUGCUUCAGCAGUCAGCUCUAAGAAAUCAAUUUGAAGCUGGUAUGCAGAAAGAUGGCUGGCUACUUGGUGAUAGUUCUUUCUUUCUUCGCACCUGGCUAAUGACUCCUCUGCAUAUUCCUGAAACACCUGCAGAGUACAGAUAUAAUAUGGCACAUUCAGCAACUCAUAAUAUUAUUGAACGAACAUUCAGGACUCUCCAGGCUCGGUUCCGUUGUUUGGAUGGAUCAAAAGGGACAUUACAGUAUUCUCCAGAAAAAGCAGGUAAUAUCAUCCUUGCUUGCUGCGUCCUUCAUAAUAUCUCUCUGGAGCAUGGGAUGGAUAUAUGGUCUUCCUCUUAUUCGGAACAAGUGGAACAUCCAGAGGAAGAAUAUGAACACAUGGAAUCUCUUGACUCUGAAGCUGACAGAGUUCGCCAGGAAUUAUUGCUAACACAUUUUAGCUAACCGAAUUUGAGAAUAUCAAGUUGGUUUUAAGAAAAAAGAUAGAAGGAAGCAUACUUUGACCUUUAUUUUUAUAGAAUUUGCCAAGAGGAGUAUAUUAUUUAUCAGUACUUUGCAAAAAUAUUAUGUUGAAUGUGUGCAUCUCUAAGUAUUUUGAUUCUAUUGUGUACAUGUUGUAUUUUAGUCUAUGAAAUAUAUGGUUGUCUUUAUUGUCCUUUACUAAAAAAAUCAUUAAAGAUAUACGGUAAGAUGAAAUCUAACAGGUUUAUUUUCCUGAUAAAAUGCUUUAUUUUGAAGUUUUGCAAAAUAUUAAGAAUAUCUUGUUUUCUUUGUAAUUAAAUUCAAAACUAUUAAGUUCA